AGCAGGAGGAGCAGGAGGAGCGGAGCCCCCCGACAACAUGGAGGAUCUCGGCGACGCCUUGAAGAAGCUGAAGUUGGCGUCCACAGACAACCCAGACGGGAGCCUGGAAGAAUGUCUGGACUGCGUCCUCCAAGCCCUGGCGCAAAACAAUGCAGAGACGAGCGAGAAGCUCCAAGAAAGCGGGAUCCUUCAAGUCUUUGCCACCACGUUGGUGCCCCAGCUGCCCUGCACAGCUAAAGUAGCCAACAUCAUAGCAGAAGUCGCCAAAAACGAAUUCAUGCGGAUCCCCUGCGUGGACGCCGGUCUCAUCCGCCCGCUCGUGCAGCUGUUGAACUGCAAGGAUCAGGAAGUGCUGCUUCAAACGGGCCGGGCCCUGGGGAACAUCUGCUACGACAGCCAUGAGGGCAGGCGUGCAGUUGACCAGGCUGGCGGGGCACAGAUUGUAAUUGACCAUUUAAGGUCACUGGGCAGUGUAACAGAAACCGCCAAUGAGAAGCUCUUGACUGUCUUUUGUGGCAUGCUGAUGAACUAUAGCAAUGAGAAUGAUUCCUUGCAGGCUCAGCUCAUCAAUAUGGGCGUCAUUCCGACGUUAGUGAAAUUAUUGGGCGUCCAUUACCAGAACUCCGCCCUCACGGAAAUGUGCCUCGUUGCUUUUGGCAAUUUAGCGGAACUCGAGUCAAGCAAAGAGCAGUUUGCGUACACCAACAUUGCCGAGGAGCUGGUAAAACUGUUCAAGAAGCAAGGCGAGCACGACAAGAAGGAGAUGAUUUUUGAAGUUUUGGCUCCUUUGGCAGAAAACGAUGUGAUUAAGCUGCAGCUGGUCGAAGCGGGCCUGGUGGACUGUCUAUUAGACACCGUCCAGCAGAAGGUGGACAGCGACAAAGAGGACGACGUCGCGGAGCUCAAAACCGCUUCUGACCUCAUGGUUUUACUGCUUCUUGGAGACGAGUCCAUGCAGAAGUUGUUCGAAGGCGGUAAGGGCGGCGUCUUCCAAAGGGUUCUGUCCUGGAUCCCUUCCAACAACCACCAGCUGCAGCUGGCGGGCGCCUUAGCCAUCGCCAACUUCGCCAGGAACGACGGCAACUGCAUCCACAUGGUGGAGAGCGGAAUCGUGCAAAGGCUUAUGAUCCUCCUCGACCGCCACGUGGAAGACGGGAACGUGACCGUACAGCACGCCGCGCUCAGCGCGCUCCGGAAUCUGGCCAUCCCGGUCGUGAACAAAGCCAAGAUGCUCGCAGCCGGCGUGGCCGAAGCCGUGUUGAAAUUCCUGAAGUCGGAGAUGCCCCCGGUUCAGUUCAAGCUUCUGGGAACGUUGAGGAUGUUGAUAGACGCUAAAGCAGAAGCUGCGGAGCAGCUGGGGAGGAACGAGAUGUUGGUGGAGCGCCUGGUGGAAUGGUGUGAAGCCAAGGAGCAUGCCGGCGUCAUGGGAGAAUCCAACAGGCUGCUCUCGGCCCUCAUACGGCACAGCAAAUCCAAAGAGGUGAUCAAAACCAUUGUGCAGAGUGGCGGCGUCCAGCAUCUCGUCACCAUGGCGACGAGCGAGCACGUGAUCAUGCAGAAUGAGGCGCUGGUGGCCUUGGCGCUCAUAGCGGCUCUGGAAUUAGGCACCGCCGAGAAAGACCUGGAAAACGCGCAGCUGGUUCAGAUCCUGCACAGGCUGCUGGCGGAGGAGCGCAGCGCCCCCGAAAUCAAGUACAACUCCAUGGUGCUCAUCUGUGCGCUCAUGGGGUCCGAGCCGCUCCACAAGGAGGUGCGGGGCUUGGCCUUCCUCGACGUCGUGUCGAAACUCCGCGGCCACGAGAACAAAACGGUGGCCCAGCAGGCGUCCCUCACAGAGCAGAGACUGGCCGUGGGCAGCUGAGAGCGGCCCGCCACGCGCCCCUCCGCCCCCCGGGUGACGCGCGGGGCGGGGGGGGGGGGGCGGUCCCGGCCCCCCGCGGCUCCCUCCCGCUUGACCCGCAGGAGUAGAAAGUGCAUGUUGUCGUCCGACGCUGGUGUGAACGUGGCGCGCUCCACGAAGACGCUUCCCUCCCCACCCCCCUGC